AGCAGCUUCACUAAUUUCACAGGUGGAGACAUACAUGAAUAAUGGCGUGUUCGACGGUGCCACAGGACAUCACCGGCGUUCUGAGAGGGCACUGCAAGGAGUGCGAAUGCAGUGGUUUUCAGCGCCUUGUUGAUCUAGUUGGCCAUGAAAAAGUACCUAUUGGCUGGUGCAUUCUCUGCGGACACUCGCCUGUCUCACAUGGAGCUCUCGUUAGCCUCUAUGAGGGUGCCCAAGAGGGAUGUCUGCAGGAAGCUGGAUCUUGCAGUGCAUCGCAACAGUCUUUUGCUGGACAAAUAUGUGACCAGUGGUCAACGGACACCACAACUUACCCAGAAGGAGGGCCUGAGCAAUCUGUUGAAGAUUAUUCAUUUGACAGUGCAGCGGGCAAUGACGUUCGGCACCCAGGAAGUGCUUCCGCCCCUGUACUGACGCAAGGGGCCGAAGAAAGUUGUCGUUCAAGCACCUCGACCCAGAAAGCACAAUCAAAAUCAGCUCGACACUGGAACAAAACAUGUCUGCCAAAAUUUUCUGCAUACCUGCGACCCCUGCUUGAAGGUGAAGAAAUGCCAUCGAAGACACGACAGCGCAUGACAGCGCAAAUGAGGGAUGACGUCAUUGCUUUUAUGGACGAAAACCACUUAAUUCAAAGUGACAACAGUGCAAUCAGAAGGUGGGAGUACCGGGCAUUUUGUGAUGCACUUUAUGAAGCAUAUCCAGACAUGAAAUGGGAAACCGAACGAGCCAGGAAGGUGCAGAAACUUGACAGUGAACUUGGCUGGAGCACUUUCAUGCGGUCAGUAAGCACAACAAGAAAGACAAGGAAGCUACGGAUGCAAAAGCUACACGUGUUGUCUUCAGUGAGUGCAGGCAGUGGUGCUGACAGGCCUCUAAUAUCAAGCGCUGAUGCAGAAUGUGAGCUCAAGACAAUCAAGGAUACCAUUUCUGACCCAGCAGAUUUGGAUAUCAGCAGAAUGAAAGUCUUGCUGGAGGCAACACUUGAUGCUCGACGGAAAAGCCCAGAGGACGAACUUCCUGUGUACUUUUUGAACCCAAAUGUGCUUGCACUUGAGGCUGAAAUCAGGUUUCAAGCUAAUUUUGGACACAUGGAAUCCAAACUUCAAGAUAUCCGAAAAACACUGGGCCGAGCGAGCUUCAUUGACAUUGACAAGUACCUUCGGCCAAAAAAAGCCGAAUUUGCCUUGAUCUCAUUGGAAACACAUGAACGAGACGUGCCUAUCCCAGGCCCUUGUAUCAUCACGCAAGAUGAAGGAAACAAAGUCAUCUACAAAGGCCACACCAUUGACCUGGCUGCGGGAUCAUCGCUGGAGCAUGCUCUCAUCGUUUGCCUAACACUUUACUUUGUCUUGGAUGUCACGUACCCACACGCAUUUGGUCAAACCUUGGGUUUGAUCCACACAGCAUUAGUUAAGAGAGAGCCAUUUGCACGCUGCUUGAUGUCACACAAACUUAAGCUGCUGUUGAAGCAGUUGAAACAUUCUCCUGCAAGAACUACUUAGCUGUCUAGAUGUUGCGUGUGGCAUCUUUUUUUUGUUCUCUCAGCACAAACAAUGCGAAAGAAGCACCUUUUCCUUCUAAACAUGUAAGGGUAAACAAAAUUUUUACCUAUUAUACAGAGCAUUCCUCUCAGCCUUCUUUUUAGUGGCGACACAUCUUGUUCUUUCCUCCACGUAGCCUUCUGAAUUACUCCUCGUUCACUGUUUGUUUGAUGCAGUGGAGUAGCUGUUUAGUGCUUGUGCUUGCUUGUGCUUGCUCUGGUGCGCGGUGCUACAGCAAUGUAGUAGAGGUAUGCUGUAAAAAGCAUCCUUCGCUUGCUUUAGUGGUUUUGGUAAACAAAUUUACAAUACAGCAGCAAAUACUCAGUAAUUGUGAACUGCAUUCUGUGAUAAUAGCUUGUGCUGGAAGGUUUAUCCUUGGCAGCAGGUUUAGUUUCAAGCAAAGUAUGUACCUGUCUUUGAGCUUUGAAGCUGCCUUAUAUUUUAGUAUUAUCUAGUCAGGCAGAGAAGUCCCAUUUGGAGGAAAGUGUCUUUAUAUGUUUUAUAACUUGUGAGCGGUACUGUAAGUAAUCGAGAAUUUCUGAGCAGUACCUUGUCAUUGUGGCAGUGGUGCUAAGACAUCUCAAUAUGUUUGGAUGUAUUGUGAUAACAGAAGGUUGCUUUUUGUUGGGCCUGCUCUUGUUUUUGCUAUAUUGGUGUUCUUGCUUUUAAUACACGGGGAGAACUCGUUUUUUAAGAUAUCAAGGUCAAACGGAAGUAUGAUCUUGUAUAAUGGUAUCAUUUAGCAGUUUUUCAUUGACUACACAUUGUAUUGCUGGCAUGUAGCCUUCAGUAUUACUCCUUAGUCGUUUUUUGCUGUGAAGUAUAUGUCUGCUGCUUGUUUCGUAAUUUGCUUUGACGUUCUUGUUCCUGCAUUUCUGCAGUUCUGAUACAAUUGUGUAAAAUGGCUUUUAUAUAAUAAAGUA